GGGAUAUAAAUAGGUACUUACCAAAAAAAAGGGAUAUAAAUAGGUGAUUCGAUAAACAAAUAUAACAUAUUAUCAAAGAGAGAGAGAGAUAGAGUGAAAAAUGGAAGAGAAGAGUGCUUCACAAUUGGGACUUGUGGUGUUUCUUCUAUUGUUUCUUUUGGUCCCAACCCAUACGGAGUCUUCCCUGCCUUCUCAACAAGAAUCACUCCCAGUGAUCGGAUCGUCAAGGAGGUUGAUGAGUACCUAUAAGACCAACAGUAACAUAGAUUUUGAGGGAUCAAUCAGUGGACAAGCCGGUGGUGGUCAACAAAAUCCCUAGUUUACCUUUCUCCAUCGUCGUUCCCGAUUACUAUGGAGGCUACUAGACUUCAAAUAUAUGUAUUAAUUAUCAUAUAUGAAUAAAAAAAAUAUAUUACGCAAUUAUAAGUCAUGGUUUUUAGCAGAUACGCCUUUAGUCUAGUGAUACCCUUGUGAAAAUCAUUUGGAAACUGCUGGACUCAAAUCUUCUCUAUAGCAAAAAUAUUUUCUUGUCUAGUGGUGGUGGCCGAAUGAUUUGAUGACGAUUUAGGUCUCGUAACUGAAAUUCAUGAUUACUUAUUUUCAUUACGUACCAUUUAUUCUACACUAUAACAGAAAAUAUAAAAUUACGUACCAUCU